AUCAACUUGACACCCCUGAGCCUUCACUGAUAUUGUAGCUCCAGGCUGCUUGCUUAAUGCUGCGUAUGUCGACAAGAGGUUGCCCUCUUUGGUGCACUGACCGGGUCACGGGCAUGUUUGCAUCUUAGCCUACCUGUAACAGACUGUGGUGCAGCACAGCCAUCUCCUACCGGACACCUUUUCCUCGCCUCGCGGUUUGUAUGCUCGAACGUUACAAGAUGUUGCGCAAAGGUCGAUCUACAACAGUACGAUCUUCGCUUGGGCAGAUCCCUUGCGACAGCACGGAUCUCUUCCGGACGCCCCGAGUACCGACGAUCGGGCAGAAUCCGCGGCGCCGGAGCAUUGACGAUGCUAUGACCUCUUGAGAUGUCCAUAUAUUGGUUCUACAACUGUAAUUCAAAUCCUGUACGAGCCUCCACUGGUCUGUCGAACGUAUGGUCUGUCGAACGUAUGGUCCAUGCUUUUGCUGCCAUAAUUGGGAUAUUUCUGUCCUAUGCAGACCCUACCCAGCACCAGGCGCUACUAUGUUCCAGCACUAUGGUUCUGCCACUGUCAAUGCUAUACGCACUCUAUUUUCCUAUAUCGAAUCUGGUGGGUAUUGUGUUGCUGACUGCACUAUCAACCCACCUCGUUAUUGCCUUCACUCGCUCACAUUGUAUCGUCAUGUACGCAUCAUUCAUAACCAUUACGGUGACAGCGAUCUUGAGCUUGCCAGCGGUCGUUUUCGCCUUACCCCACGUGGCUAGAUCAGCAGCAAACGAUACAUCAUACCAGUACUUGACUAACAAAACUCAACCUUACGCUGUCGAUGGCGCUAACCUCCCUGAUAUCCCCUUUGACAUAGGCGAGAGUUAUGCCGGACUGAUGCCUAUUGACAACGAUGGCGGCCGAGAAUUGUUCUUCUGGUUCGUCCCGUCCAGGAAUCCGGCUGCAAGCGAUGAAAUUGUCCUCUGGCUCAAUGGCGGCCCUGGCUGUUCGUCCUUGAUGGGCUUCCUCCAGGAGAAUGGGCCCAUCAGCUGGCAAGCUGGGCAGCUUGCGCCGAUGCCAAAUGUCUAUUCGUGGUCAAACCUCACCAAUGUCGUUUGGGUCGAGCAACCAGUGGGAACAGGGUUCUCUGGAGCUAAGGGUUCCGGUAAUGCGACGAACGAAAUCGAUGUGGCUGCUCAAUUCCUCGGAUUCUGGAAGAACUUCAUCGACACCUUCGACAUGCAGGGUCGUAAGGUCUCUCUUACAGGUGAGAGCUACGCAGGAAACUAUGUUCCGUACAUCGGAGAGGCCAUGUUGGACAAGACUGGAGAAGAGGCUCAAUCCUACUACGACCUCAACGGCAUCCUCAUAUAUGAUCCCAUCCUUGGGGAUAGAAGCCUUGGGACGAAUGCUCCUGUCAUGGACUUUAUCGAUGCCAAUAAAAAUUUAUUUCCUAUGGAGGAUGAUUUUGUCGACACGUUGGCCAACCUGUCAGCAGUGUGUGGCUUUGACGACAUGAUGAAGCAAGCUUACACCUUUCCACCGGCUGGUCACAUUGCGGUGCCCGAAAUCCUCGACCUCGUUACCAUCGGUAGUUCUAGCGGAUUUAACACGACCGUGGUGGAAUGUAACUUGUGGGAUUUGGUUGAUGAAUACAUGUCUGAACUCAAUUCCUGCUUCAAUGUGUACUACGUGGGCCAGGCGUGCGAGUACCCUGGCUCCGUUGUUGGUGAUCCUUACCAUACAAAUGCACCUGGAUCUCCAGAGAUUUACUUUGCGCGACCAGAUGUGCAGAAAGCAAUCAACGCUCCGGAGAACUUCAACUGGAGCGUAUGUCUUCCUGAUGGCGUUGAAGUCUUUGUGAACGGCUUCGACCUGUCUGACCCCUCGGCAACCAACGGCGGUCCCUUGAAAACAGUCAUUGAGCGCACAAACAACGUCAUCAUUGGCCAUGGUGAGCUUGAUUUUGUGUUGAUGGUCAAUGGAUCAUUGCUGGCUCUUCAGAACCUUACAUGGAACGGGGAACAAGGUCUCUCUGACUUCCCAUCCAAGGAACUCUUCGUGCCCUACUACCCGCAGGGCGUCGUGGCCCAGUCUGGCAAUGGUACAUUGGGUCAUUGGACGGAAUCGCGUGGCCUGACCUUCAGCACUGUGAAGUUAUCCGGUCAUGAAGUCCCGGGAUACCAACCGGGUGCUGCCUACAGACAUUUGGAGAAGCUUUUGGGGAGAAUCGAGAGCCUGGACGAGGAGUCUGAUUUCAGCACGGCUCACUUGCAUUGGUAGCCUUGAGAGGUAGCGUACAUGAAGGCAGAGCCGGUUCGCUCACAUCUUUGACAGCAUAGCAUUGUUAACAAUAAGAAGUAUUUGAAAUCAACCUCCUCCAGGCCGCUACAAGUACUUUCGUACCCGAUGGUGG